AAAAUGUUGUUGACCACCGACCUUGAAAGAAAAACAAAACAAACCGUAAAUAAGAAGCAUCUGCAUCAGAUCAAACAAUCGUUGAUUCAAAAAAACCCUAAAUAACAACAACAAUGCCCUCUCGAUUUUCCCUCCCAAUUCAAAUCCUUCACUAGCGAUCUUUCUCCCAAACCCCAUUGGAUUCGCUUAACCCUAAUUUUGCAAUUCAACCUAAAAACACGAUGCUGAUCGCUGAUUCCGACUUGCCUCCGCCGAUUUCACCUCCUCCGCCGCUAACCCCCAGCCCAAUCGAAACCCUAGACGAGUCGAUCGGAGUCCAUGAUGCAGUUCAAUCGCUGGCUCUUUCUUCCCCGAAUCAGGUGGAGGUGGAGGAGGCGGUCUCAGUCGAAACCCUAACCGUGCCUUCUCUGGUUCCCGUCGAGCCGUUCUCUGAUAUUUGUUGUUUGUCGGAUAAUUACAAACGGUGGACUCCUAACGUCUCGCCUGGGUUCGAUACUGACGACGAGUCUACGAGUUACUGGUCCACGAACCAACCUUUGUAUAGUUUCAUUCAAGAUCCUCCCGAGAUGAUCGACGAGCCCACUGGUGUUGGUGUUGGGCUUUGGAAUCUAGGCAACAGUUGUUUCGUUAACUCGGUGUUUCAGUGUUUGACUCACACUCUCCCUCUUAUCGAGAGUCUUUGCUCUUACGAACCUCUUGAGCUUUGUAACUGUGGCAAUGAGUGGUUUUGUGUUAGAAGUGCUUUUAAAGGUCACUUAGAGGCUGCGCUGACGACUUCACGAUGUUCAAUUGCUCCCUACUCCUUCCUUAACAAUCUUAACUAUUUUUCGGCUGACUUCAGGCGUUACCAGCAAGAAGACGCUCAUGAGUUUCUACAAGCGUUUUUGGAUAAGUUGGAGAGAUGUUGUUUGGAGGACCCGAGUAGUGACCGUGACCGUGACCGUGACCCUGAUGACUCUGUCUCUUCUCAAGAUGUUAACUUGGUUCAGCGUAUCUUUGGUGGUCGUCUCGUCAGUGAGCUUCGUUGCUGCAACUGCAACUCUGUUUCUGAGACAUUUGAAAACUCUCUUGGGUUGAGUUUGGAAAUCGAACAUGUGGAUAACCUUCAGAGUGCGCUGGAUUCGUUCACCCGUGUGGAGAAGCUUGAUGAGCCAAUGACUUGUGAUAACUGUAAAGAAAAAGUUUCAAAGGAGAAGCAGCUCUUGCUCUAUAAGCUGCCACAGGUUGUCACAUUCCAUCUGAAGAGAUUCAAGAAUAAUGGGUUUUUUAUGGAGAAGAUUUUCAAUCAUGUCAAGUUUCCGUUGGAGAUAGACUUGCAGCCAUAUAUGGUCAGAAGCCAGAAUAACGAAGUUACUGCAAAAUAUCGUCUUUAUGCUUUUGUGGAGCAUUUUGGGUCAUUAGUUUACGGUCAUUACUCUUCCUAUGUGAGGUCUGCCCCAAAGACAUGGCAUCAAUUUGAUGACAAGCAGGUCACUAGAAUCGAUGAAGAUAGAGUGUUAUCACAAGACGCAUAUAUUCUUUUCUAUGCAAGAGAAGGGAUCCCCUUGUUUUCUAGCACUUUUCAAGAGGUGCAUCCAUUGGUUGAGGCUAGCUUGCAAAAUCCUUCGCCGAACUCUGUCCUUGAUCCUACCAGCGGGGAGUGUUCAUCUGAAAUCAGCUAUGAGAAUGCAUAUAAAUCCAACAAACUACUCUCUGAAAACUCAGCGGGAGUAAUCCAACAUGUCAAGCCAGAAGAAAGAUAUGUUUCCCUCUCCAACGAGUUUGACGAAGAUGCGUUGUUACAAUCAACAGAGUCAAGUGGCGAAGAUGAUGAUAAUUCUAACGAUUCAUGCACUGAAAAAGAAGUAGAUUCUCGCUUAGACAUUGAAAGAGCUACCACUGGUGAUGACUCUGUUCCUUAUCUCAUGGUUCAAGAUCAAGACUCGUCUCAGAAACAACAGGAUGGAACUUUCCUAAUUCAACUCGAGAAAUUGGAAGCCACAAAGAAUCAAGAAGAGGAAGAACCUUGCAAGCAGCCAUUACUAAUAAGACACGUUGGAGAGUCCAAGGAAAACGAAAUUGUUCAUAGAAGAGGCCCCGUGAAGAAACCUUCACCUCGUGAAAGAGUGUUGGACCAAGGCAUAUCUACAACUGGUUCUCCACCUAAAAAACUUAAAAAAGCAUGAAAAAGUCCAGCAUCUGGGACACAAAGAGAAAUUCAAUAAAGAAAAGGGAGUGGAGGAUAAUCAGCAGGCCCAUCAGAGUCAGAUAUGGCGUGCCGUGUCCAAGUGCUUCAGUUUUGACUUAACCUUUCAUUUUCCCCUUUCUCAUCAUUUGUAGUAUUUUAGUUCUAAACGUCAAGGAAAAUACUUCAAAUAAUGAAAAAUUGUAAAAUUAUCUCGUGUUUUAAGUUUAAAU